AUGCAGCAAGAGUCUCCACUAUCAGAGGAUAUCUCCACGCCGCAAGAACUCUCCGGUGACGUAGCCUCUGGAAAGAUCACGCGAAGAUCACAUCAGAAAUCGCGUGCGGGAUGUACGAAUUGCAAGAGCCGUCGUAUCAAGUGCGAUGAAGCGAAGCCUCGAUGUGCGAACUGUGCACGGCGCCAGGUACGGUGCAGUUUUGGUACAAACAUACCACUGAACACCUCGGAAAAUAGAGGUGUCUCGGUGGAGAUGGAAUACUCACAACUGUCAAACAUUGAGCUCACGUAUCACUGGACAACGACCACCUCACACUCCUUGUCCGCUUGGGCAUCAGGUGCCGCAGUGUGGCACACACUUAUGGAAGAAGUCGCGUUCAGUCAUCGACAUGUUCUUCAUCUUAUGUUCGCACUCACUGCUCUGCAUUUGGCAUAUUGCCGUGCAACUCGCCGGAAAGAGUAUACUGCAACAGCGAACCAGCACUAUGAAAGCGCUCUGACGUGUGUCACUCAAGCAAUAGCGAACAUAAAUGCCGAAAACUGUGACGCCAUAUUGCUAUCAGUACAGCUUAUUUGCUUUGUCAGCUGGGCGCGAGGACCGCAACCUGGGGAAUAUCUUGCUUUUGGUGAAAAUGGGAGAUCCGAAUGGCUGGUGAUGUUUCGCGGAAUUCGAACGACACUGGAGAGCUUUGGACAGCAGAACUUUCACAAAAGACAUGGCUCGGCUGCGAAGGCCAAAUCCCGUCCGCUUGUAUCAACGGAUGAGCCAAUGGGCUACGAAUCCCAGCUAUCGGAACUCCACGAGCACGUCUCUAUAGCGUCUCCAUCAUCUCAAAUCGAAGAGAAUGUGCGAGCUGUGUGCAUAUUGCAGGAGUGCUACUCCAAUCGCUAUGGAGGUGUCGACUCAGAAUACCACGUCGCCUUUGCCUGGCUUUAUAAAAUGUCAGACGGAUUCCUCGACCAAUUGCAGCAAUGCGACCCACUACCGCUCAUUAUCUACGCUCAUUUCGCUGUACUCAUGCAGGACAUGGAGAGAUUUUGGUACAUGAAGGGAUGGACGCAUCAUGUCAUGUCCGGAAUCUUUGAAGCCAUGGACGCCGAGCAUCGCGCUUGGAUUAAAUGGCCGAUGGCAAAGGUAGGCUGGAUCGCGCCUUAA